AUGCAGCGGCUGGCGACGCCCGCCAAGCGGGUCUUGCAACUGACGAGGGUGCUCCAGGGAGCACCUGCCGUGCCUGCCCACCUUCUCCCGGCCGCGCAUCACAGGUUUUCCACCUUCCCCGCCGUCCCCUUGGCCAAAACGAAUACGUGGCCCAAGGAUGUGGGCAUCCUGGCCCUGGAGGUGUACUUCCCAGCCCAGUACGUGGACCAGACCGACCUGGAGAAGUUUAACAACGUGGAGGCGGGGCGGUACACGGUGGGCCUGGGCCAGACCCGCAUGGGCUUCUGCUCCGUCAAGGAGGACAUCAACUCGCUGUGCCUGACGGUGGUGCAGCAGCUGAUGGAGCGCACCAAGCUGCCCUGGGACGCGGUGGGCCGGCUGGAGGUGGGCACCGAGACCAUCAUCGACAAGUCCAAGGCCGUCAAGACCGUGCUCAUGGAGCUCUUCCAGGACUCGGGCAACACGGACAUCGAGGGCAUCGACACCACCAACGCCUGCUACGGGGGCACCGCCUCCCUCUUCAACGCGGCCAACUGGAUGGAGUCCAGCUCCUGGGACGGGCGCUAUGCAAUGGUGGUCUGUGGAGACAUCGCGGUGUAUCCCAGUGGCAACGCCCGCCCCACAGGGGGCGCCGGAGCCGUGGCCAUGCUGAUUGGGCCCGAGGCCCCCUUGGUGCUUGAGAGAGGGCUUCGGGGAACCCACAUGGAGAACGUGUACGAUUUCUACAAACCAGAUGGGGCUUCGGAAUACCCACUGGUGGACGGGAAGCUCUCCAUCCAGUGCUACAUUCGGGCCUUGGACCGGUGCUACACCGUCUACCGCCAGAAAAUCCAGAACCAGUGGAAACAAGCUGGCAACGACCGGACCUUCACUCUGGACGACUUACAGUUCAUGAUCUUCCACUCGCCCUUCUGCAAGUUGGUCCAGAAGUCGCUGGCUCGCCUGGUGUACAAUGACUUCCUGUCGGCCAGCAGCGGCGCGCAGAGCAGCCACUACAAGGGGCUGGAGGCCUUCAGGGGGCUCAAGCUGGAAGACACCUACAUCAACAAGGACCUGGACAAAGCUCUCCUGAAGGCCUCUCUGGACACGUUCAACAAGAAAACCAAGGCCUCUCUUCACCUCUCUACGCACAACGGGAACACGUACACCUCCUCCCUGUACGGGUGCCUGGCCUCCCUCCUGGCUCAUCACUCUGCCCAGGACCUGGCCGGCUCCCGGAUCGGCGCCUUCUCCUAUGGCUCAGGCUUGGCAGCAAGUUUCUUUUCCUUCCGCGCCUCCCAGGAUGCUUCUCCAGGCUCCCCGCUGGAAAAGCUGGUUUCCAGUCUGUCAGACCUGCCAGAACGCCUGGACUCCCGGAAGCGCAUGUCUCCUGAGGAGUUCACGAAAAUAAUGGAGCAGAGAGAACAAUUCUUCCACAAGGUGAAUUUCUCGCCCCCUGCGGACACAACCAGCCUGUUCCCAGGCACGUGGUACCUGGAGAGGGUGGAUGAGCUGUAUCGCCGGAAGUACGCCCGGUGUCCGGUCUGA